AUGAAGCUCUUUGCCGUUCUCCCUCUCCUCGCCGCCGCCGUCUCGGCCCAGUUCGUCAACCUCAACGCCCGCGGCGACGUCAACGUCAAGACGAUCGACAACAAGGUGACCUCCAAGGGUCUCUGCUCUGGCAACGCGCAGGGCGAGUUCUCCUACUCUCCCGAGACGGAGAAGGAGAAGCUCACCUUUAAGAUCGAGCUCGUCUCGAAGGAGAACCCCGUCAAGCUCGUUGCCCACUACAAGAACGAGGCGACUGGCGAGCACACCGAGGCGACCAUCGACAGCGCCAACCCCUCCAACACCGUCGGCGGCGAGGCCGUCAAGGGCCAGAAGGUCGUCGUCACCGUCAAGCCCGAGGGUGCCUCGAACGACGCGUGCGAGUACUCGGUCUCGCUCGACGCCAAGGCCGAGGCCCAGCCCACCCCCUCCGCCACCCAGGAGUGCCCCACCUACUCUGUCAGCCCGACCACCGUCGUCGAGACCGCCACCUCGACCGUCACCGUCCCCGGCGCCCAGCCCACUGGCGAGGUCUGUCUCUGCGACUGUGACGUCGAGGGCGCCAAGCCCCUCCCCAAGAUCGAGCUCUAA